GAGACAGACUACAGCUCCUGGUCUAGUGUACUCACGAGCAGCCCUGCAUCCCCACCCAUCUCACUGCUCACUCCACACCUUUAUCAAACUAUCGCAGUGCGAGCAUGGUGUCCCUGUUGAGACAUCUCUCCAGGACGUUCUCUUCUGGGGACCUCUCAGCUGAGUGUGACGAUGAGGAGACUGGUCUUCGCAAGCAAGAAGUUAUUACCCAACAGGCUGAGAGACAGCAAGGGUCGCCAGGGACACCACAGUCCCGCAGACAGUCUCGUACUCUGUCACUUGUGGAUCAGCCUCAGGCCCAGCCUCAGGCCCAGCCUCAGGGCCAAGCUAAAGCCCAACCUCAGGCCCAGCCUCAAGGCCAAGCUAAAGCCCUGCCUCAGGGCCAAACAAAGGCCCAGCCCAGAGUCCAACCUCAGCAGGUGAGCAGCAACAGCAGCAGUGGCGUGGGCGUGGGCGGCGUGGGCGUGGGAACCACCCAGUACGCCAGCACGGACACCACCACCCUCCCCCCUGCCGCCCCCACCAGCGGCUCCACCGGGGGUGGAGGAGGAGGUGGAGGGGGAGGUGGAGGAGGAGGUGGAGGGGGAAGUGGAGGCUUCAGUCUUAACUUCUCAAGACCUGGGUCCAGGACCACCUCGGCUCCCUCCUCACCCUCCAAGACCAGGGAGAGUUUCCUCCAGCGAGUGUCGUCACUGACUGGUGCUGUGAGAAGCGAGGUCACCAGUCAGGUCAGACCAGCAUACAACAAGGAUAGAUGCUUCACCCUUCUUGUUGUUGAUGACCAGAACACCGACUGGUCCAAGUACUUCCGGGGCAAGAGGAUCCACGGUGACUGGGACAUCAGAGUGGAACAAGCAGAGUUCCGGGAGCUGAGUGUGACAGCAUCUUCCGAGGGUGGUGUCAACGUCUCUAUGGUCGUCUUCAGGAAUGGUGCCAAGGUCGUCAGAUCGUUCAAGCCAGACUUCGUACUAAUACGUCAGAACCUGCGGGACGCUGGAGAGGACCACAAGAACAUUCUUCUGGCCCUCAAAUUCGGCGGCGUUCCUUCCAUCAACAGCAUCAACGCCAUCUACAACUUCCAGGUACAUCCCAUUGUCGUCAUUCAUUUGAUAUCUGUUUACCGCCCCCUUGUCUCAUUUCCGCCUGUCUCUCUCUCCCCUCGACAGCUGUCAGCGCCUAGAUACCCCUGCGUCUUUAAGAUCGGCCACGCCCACGGCGGUCUGGGCAAGAUUCGCGUUGAAAGCAACGCUGAUUUCCAAGACAUGGCCAGUGUCGUGGCUGUAGCGAACACCUACUGCACCACAGAGCCUUACAUCGAUGCUAAGUUUGAUGUCCACAUCCAGAAGAUCGGCGCAAUGUACAAGUGCUUCCAGAGAAAGUCCAUCUCCGGCAACUGGAAAACCAACACAGGCUCAGCUAUGCUGGAACAGACCGCUAUGACGGAGCGAUACAAGAUCUGGGUGGAUGAGGUGGCAGCACUCUUCGGUGGACUGGACAUCUGCGCCAUCGAAGCCAUCGUGGACAAGAGUGGCAACGAACACAUCAUUGAAGUCAAUGACUCGGCACUCACCCUGAUGGGAGACUCACAGGAGGAUGACCGUCGCUAUAUAGCUGAACUUGUAGCUAUCAAGAUGCAGGAGCGCUGUAUGAUGCAGGGGGUGACGCGGCCGCCGGAGCUGAUGCGGGGGGCGUCGAGGCAGUCACUGACGGGAGCUACUACUGCCCUCUCCUCCCGCGGGGGAUCACCGACUGAAGAAGUCUCCUCCAGACUGAGCAUGAGUGAAGCACCUCUCCCCGGUGGCUCACCCAGCCAGCAGCGACGGGAUUCACAGGCGUCUCAAUCGAGCAGCAUCAGUGGGUUCAGCAGCGCCAGUGGAACCCGGCGACAACCUGACGAGAGCAGCCAGUCAUCGCAGCAGUCGGCGCAGCAGAAGGCACCACUCUUCGGCCGCCAGACUUCCCUCACCACCGGUGCCACAAACGACAGCACAGUUGGAGGCAGCGGCGAUGACACUGAAGACACAAUGAAGAACCUGCGAAAGACCUUUGCCGGUAUCUUCGGGGAUAUGUAACCUGACAGAGGAAGAGGAGGACAGUGGUAGUAGUAUUAGCUCACGCAGUGUAUAUGGGGACGCGUCGAGUGUUGAAGGGCGGCAGUCGAAGCUCACACAGGUAGAGAAAACCGCAAACCAAAAUAACAGAAAAGGAUUACAAAGUCCCCGCUACGACGGAGGCAUUUUGAGUCUGCGGAGGGCAGACGAGUUCACACGAAGACACCUCCAGCUAUAGAGGAAACAAAAAAUGUCUACUACGAAGGUGCUUUUCCUCUGGAGUCGACACACACACCGCUAACCCCAGUCACCACCAUCAUCGGCUCAACAUUAGAUUUAAGUCUUGGAAUAAUCUGCCUUAAAAAAAUAUCUCCAAACAAAUACGAAACGCAUGUAGAUAAGCUCCCCCAUCCUCCCAUAAUACAGAACGUUAUUUUUGCCGUCUAAGUUGAGGAAAAAGAACAUAAGAAUAACCACCCUUAAGAAUGGGUGAAAGCCCCCACCCCAUGAACCUACCUUCUCCCAGCUGCCUCCCCUUGCCUGCACUAGUGAGCCUUAUACACCACGCUCGCUUAAUUGUACUCAAUACCAGGUAGUACCUUGUCUGGAAUGCAAUUGUACACGCCAGCACCAGCGAGUACAUCGCCUGGAAUGUUAUUAGGCUCCUUUACUGGUGGAUCAAAGCAUCAUUAUUAUUGUUAAUAUUACUGAUGUUAUUUUAAAGUUAAAUAAUGACAUAUGUAAGGGAAGAGAUGGCCCAGCUUCUUUAUAUUUAAGGGGCAUAUUUAAUGAAAAAAAAAUAAAUAUAGCAAUUAGCCUAAAAAGAAUCUGUCGUUCUUAUACUAAAGUGAUAACGCCAGUUCCUCAGUUCAGUCGUUAUCAGUUUAACGACAGAACAAGUUACAUAAAAAGCUUUUAUCAGGACAACGUAUCACUCCGUAUAGAGCUUUAUCAAUCAAGACUUGAUAAAGCUCUACACAUACGAUGUCCCACUAGAAACAUGUUCUACAAAGCUCCAUUUUAUUUACCGGUUUGUCAGUAUCCAACCAAAACAUCCACCAGUAAUGCUAAAUAAUUACUUCAAAAGUACUAAUAAUGUAGCAGGUGUUUCCAGCUGUCGUGGUUUGAGCCGAGGAGCUACAUAAACUAUAUCAUAAACCCUUAUAGAAGUAUUAUUAACAGUUAGGCUAGGCUUUAGAGUUGAAACUAGCCGAGGGAGCCCCAUGCCAAAAUGCAGCAAAAAAAAAAAAAUGCCUCUUAUAAAUGAUGUAAUUAGGUAACAAAAUACCGUAAGAGUAUUGUUUAACUUUCAUUAUUGUUGG